AAACCUAGGGCUCCGAUCCUCUUGGGACGGCCGUUCGUGGUGGGGGUUGGGGAAGGUAGGCGACCGUCGGCGGCGUCGUGCUGGUGGCUGUCGCUGCCGUGUGAUGGGGCGAUUAGGGUUUCGGGGCGGUACGGAUCAGACGAGGAAGGGUACAUGUGUGGGAUGAUAAUUUGACGAUUUGGCAAGACUCCAUUCGGUGUCCGUAGCCGUGGAGAAGUUUCUCUCCCUUUUUUAAAUUUAUAUAUUUUAUCAGCUGUUGUAUUUAUGUAGAAAAAUGGAGAAAAAGAAUAGAACAAAAUUUGGCCGUCGCAGCCUUAGUCAACAAACUCCUUGCACUGGACUGGCCUUACGCUCACAAUUCUCGCUUUCGCAGGUUUUAGUAGUUUAUGAUGUGUUUUAAAGAAACAGAGACGAUUUCAUGCUCGUGUAACUGCACGCGAAUUGCGCGACUUAGGAUGCAACUAGUGCCAUGAGUUUGUCGAGUAAUAUAAGGGGUUGGAGUCAAUCUCAUCUCUCAUACUCCCUGCACAUUGUUAGUCUCUCUUUUCAACUUGCAAAUUCUCUCUCUCUCUCUCUCUCUCUCUCUCUCUCUCAAUGGAGUUGAACAGCUUUGCUGCUGCUGCUGCGGUAGUUGUUGUAGUUGUGGUGAUAUGGUUGGGGUGGAGUGUGUUGAAUUGGGUGUGGUUGACACCAAAGAAACUGGAGAGGUGCCUUAGGAAACAAGGCCUGAGUGGGAGCUCCUACAGGCUUUUAUUUGGAGAUGUGAGAGACAACACCAAGAUGACAAAGGAAGCCAUGUCCAGUCCCAUCAGCCUCUCUCAAGAUAUCGUCCCUCGUGUCGUACCUUCCAUUCAUGAUUCCGUCGCCACCUACGGAAAGAAUUCUUUUACGUGGAUUGGACCAAAACCAAGGGUGACUAUCACAGACCCGGAACUCUUGAAGGAGAUUCUGUCGAAGAAUUUCAACUUCAAAAAGGUCAAGUUUAAUCCAUUAGCUAGGUUGUUAGUUCCUGGAUUAGUAACCUAUGAAGAUGAACAAUGGGUUAAACACAGGAAAAUUAUUAACCCCGCUUUCCAUAUGGAGAAGUUAAAGCAUAUGCUGCCUGCAUUUGAUACAAGUUGUAGUGAGAUGAUAAGCAAAUGGGAGAACAUGGUGUCAGCACAAGGGUUUUGCGAAUUGGAUGUGUGGCCUUUCCUUCAAACUUUGACGAGCGAUGUGAUAUCUCGAACUGCAUUUGGUAGUAACUAUGAAGAAGGAAGAAGAAUAUUCCAACUUCAGGCCGAACUAGCUGAGCACACAAUUCAGAUUAUAUCUUCAGUGUACAUUCCAGGCUGGAGGUUUGUGCCAACAAAGAGGAACAGAAGGAUGAAAGAAAUUGAUAAUGAAGCAAAAGCAUCAUUAAGGGCUAUUAUUGAUAAAAGACUGAAGGCAAUGAAGGCAGGAGAAUCUAGUAAUGAAGAUUUACUGAGUAUAUUGCUGGAAUCCAAUCUCAGAGAAAACCAAGGUAAUGGGAUUAAUGGCAAGAGCGUUGGAAGCAUGAGUAUCGACGAAGUGAUUGAGGAAUGCAAGCUAUUCUACUUUGCUGGGCAGGAGACCACCUCUGUUUUGCUCGUGUGGACUAUGGUUUUAUUGAGUAGAUAUCCGCAUUGGCAACAACGUGCAAGGGAAGAGGUUUUGCAAGUAUUUGGGAACAACAAGCCAUACUUUGAUGGAUUAAAUCACCUCAAAAUUGUAACUAUGAUUUUGAAUGAGGUUUUGCGUUUAUACCCACCGGCAACUGCACUGAGUCGAACUGUGUACGAGGAGACGAAGUUAGGAAAACUGUGUCUACCUGCUGGAGUGAUACUUGCUUUGCCAUUAAUCCUACUUCACCAUGACCGUGAAAUUUGGGGCGACGAUGCAAACGAGUUCAAGCCAGAGAGGUUUUCAGAAGGAUUGUCAAAGGCAACAAAGAACCAAUCAGUUUCAUUCUUUCCGUUUGGUUGGGGGCCUCGCAUAUGUAUUGGACAAAACUUUGCGAUGCUAGAAGCGAAGAUGAUCAUGGCUAUGAUUCUACAAAGCUUCUCUUUCGAGCUUUCUCCAUCUUAUGCACAUGCUCCAUGUUCUGUCAUCUUUCUUCAUCCACAACAUGGUGCUCACUUGAUUCUGCACAAAAUUUAGACGUUUCAUGUAAUUCUGGGGUUAAAGUCCUUGAAUAGAGGUAUGGUGUUGUUUUGAAAAAAAAAACUUUGUUCAACUUACAUUUGAUUUGGUUCAAUAAUGCCUAUAGGCUAUAGAUGUCCAUUCUACUUU